CCCAGCGCCAGCGCGCCCAGCGCCGGGGGCAGCCUGCCCGGCAAGCCCGUGUACUCCACCCCGUCCCCGGUGGAGAACACCCCCCAGAAUAAUGAGUGCAAGAUGGUGGAUCUGAGGGGGGCCAAGGUGGCCUCCUUCACCGUGGAGGGCUGCGAGCUCAUCUGCCUGCCCCAGGCUUUCGACCUCUUCCUCAAGCACUUGGUCGGGGGCUUGCACACGGUCUACACCAAGCUGAAGCGGCUGGAGAUCACGCCCGUGGUGUGCAACGUGGAGCAGGUCCGCAUCCUGCGGGGGCUGGGGGCCAUCCAGCCCGGCGUCAACCGCUGCAAACUCAUCUCCAGGAAGGAUUUCGAGACCCUCUACAACGACUGCACCAACGCGAGUUCUAGACCUGGAAGGCCUCCUAAGAGGACUCAAAGUGUCACCUCCCCAGAAAAUUCUCAUAUUAUGCCACAUUCUGUCCCAGGCCUAAUGUCUCCUGGAAUCAUCCCGCCAACAGGUCUGACAGCAGCAGCUGCAGCAGCAGCAGCUGCCACCAAUGCAGCCAUAGCAGAAGCAAUGAAAGUGAAAAAAAUCAAAUUAGAAGCUAUGUCCAAUUAUCAUGCCAGUAAUAACCAGCAUGGAGCAGAGUCUGAGAAUGGUGAUCUGAAUUCAAGUGUUGGCAGCAGUGAUGGUUCUUGGGAUAAAGAAAAACUUCAGUCUCCCCCCACCCAAGGAUCACAGGCCUCUGUUAACCACCCCAACUUGCCUGGACAGCAUAAUCUUCCAGUUAGUCAUCCUCUCAACCCUCUUCAACAGAACCACCUUCUGCCAAAUGGACUGGAACUUCCUUUUAUGAUGAUGCCCCACCCAUUAAUUCCUGUCAGCCUACCUCCAGCAUCUGUCACAAUGGCAAUGAGCCAGAUGAACCAUCUUAGUACCAUUGCAAAUAUGGCAGCAGCAGCACAAGUACAGAGUCCCCCAUCCAGAGUCGAGACAUCUGUUAUCAAGGAACGUGUUCCAGACAGUCCUUCUCCUGCUCCUUCCCUUGAAGAGGGUCGAAGACCUGGUAGCCAUCCAUCAUCCCAUAGAAGCAGCAGUGUUUCCAGCUCGCCUGCACGGACUGAGAGCUCUUCAGACCGAAUCCCUGUCCAUCAGAAUGGGCUCUCCAUGAAUCAGAUGCUAAUGGGUUUGUCACCUAACGUCCUACCUGGUCCUAAAGAGGGUGAUCUGGCUGGUCAUGAGGUUGGGCAUGAGACAAAAAGAAUACACAUUGAAAAAGAUGAGACCCCGCUCUCCACACCAACCGCAAGAGACAGCCUUGACAAACUUUCUCUAACUGGGCAUGGGCAACCACUACCACCAGGUUUUCCAUCUCCUUUUCUAUUCCCUGAUGGAUUGUCCUCCAUAGAGACCCUUCUGACUAACAUCCAGGGCCUAUUAAAGGUUGCCAUAGACAAUGCCAGAGCUCAAGAGAAACAAGUCCAACUGGAAAAGACAGAGCUGAAGAUGGAGUUGUUCAGGGAACGAGAACUGAGGGAAACUCUUGAAAAACAGUUGGCUGUGGAACAGAAGAACAGAGCAAUAAUUCAGAAAAGGUUAAAGAAAGAAAAGAAAGCAAAGAGGAAAUUGCAGGAAGCACUUGAAUUUGAGACUAAGCGUCGGGAACAAGCAGAACAGACACUGAAACAGGCAACUUCAACAGAUAGUCUCAGGGUCCUAAAUGACUCUCUGACCCCAGAGAUAGAAGCUGACCGCAGCGGGGGCAGAACAGAUGCUGAAAGGACAAUACAAGGAGAUUUUUGCUCUGCAACCAUGGAAGAAGUAAUUGGUGUUCAGCAGUAUUCAGAUGGAAGACUUUAUUUGAAAACUACUGUCAUGUACUGAAUCUUUCCUGCUGGAGAUACCUGUGCUAUGGUAAAGGACUUUGCAGUAAGACAUCCAAUAUUUGGAAGUUCUGUUAAAAAAGUGUUUUCAAGGCAACUUCCUCAAUGUGUGUAUUAACAUUCUUCAAAGUUUAAAGCAUUCUGCAAGAGUGUCCUCCAUUGGUUAUCACCUGUGGCUCAAUCCAGAGGUCUAGAGAAUGUUUGUAAAUGUCUAAGAAGCACUCUUCUUCUUUCAGUGAAAAUCUGCAGCUCUGCUGUUAGAUCCCCGUGUAUACACAGUUACAGAUGGGUCAGAACAAGGCCUAGUGUUCUUUUUUUGAAUGGGAUGCAAACUCUUUCCUCCUCUGAUCAUUCUGUAUUUGAGCACAUCAGGCGUUCCUUCCAGCAGUGUUUCCCUAUAUUUGCAGACUGUUAUGCCACACCUAAACCAGCAAGACUGCUCAGAAGUAAACCUGUAAGAGGGCAUGAGAGGAUUCUUACAAAAAAAAAAAAAAAGAAAAAGAAAAAAAAAUAGUUACAUUCAGUUUUCAAACUUGAGAAUUGUGGGUUUUCUUCUAAAGACAUUUUUUUCACCUACUUUCCAAGAGACCAAUGUGUGGACAUUAGAUCACAAUAAGCAAAAUGAAAUUUUGUCA